AUGGAGCUCAAACUUCACACAUCAAUGGCUUCUUCUUCCUCUUCCUCCGUACCUUUCUGCACCUUCGCGAUUCCCGAUGCCAGCAGGCUUCAUCCACGCCGAAACGGCACACCCAACGGUCGUUCCAUUCACAAAACUCCUCCUUUGCGUAAGGUUAACCAUCUCAAUGAACCAAAAUUGAAGCUUGACCAUCCAAACCAAAACGCCCCUUUUGCCGGAAGUUCCUUGAAUGUGGAUUUGGUGGCCUUGUGCGAAGAGGGUAAACUCGAUCAAGUUUUGGAACUCAUGGGUGAAGGUGUUGUUGCCGAUAAUCGCGUUUAUCUUGUGCUAUUGAAUUUAUGUGAGGAUAAAAGAUCACUUGAAUCAGGGAAAAGGGUUCAUGAAUUCCUCAGAAGAUCACCCUUUAGAGGGGACAUUGAAUUAAGCAAUAGAUUGAUUGGAAUAUACAGUAAAUGUGGCAGUGUGAAAGAUGCACGCCGAGUGUUUGAUCAGAUGCCUGAGAGAAACAUUAGUUCAUGGCACUUGAUGAUUAAUGGAUACACAGUGAAUGGUUUAGGGGAUGAUGGCUUAUUGGUUUUUCAGCAGAUGAAGGAAGCAGGGAUAGCACCUGAUGGGGUAACUUUUGCAUUGGUUUUGGCUGCAUGUGCACGGGCAGAAGCUGUGGAAGAAGGGUUCUUGCACUUUGAGUCCAUGAAGGAGUGUGGAAUUGUUCCUAGCAUGGUGCAUUACUUGGAGGUUAUUAACAUUCUAGGGAAUGCUGGUCAGUUGAAUGAAGCUGAGGAGUUAAUUGAGAAUAUACCAAUUGAGCUUGGAGUUGAGGUUUGGGAGUCUCUUCGAAAUUUUGCACGAAUUCAUGGAGAUUUUGAUCUUGAAGAUCGGGCAGAGGAGUUUUUGUUGUGUCUUGAUCCUUUAAAAGCCACUGCUGAUAAACUUCCCACACCUCCAAGAAAGAAGCAGUCUGAUAUUAACAUGCUAGAGGAGAAGAAUAGGGUGACCGAGUACCGGAACACUAUCCCCUAUAAGGAAGAGGCUCAUGAAAAUAUGAAAGGUUUGAGUGGGCAGAUGCGAGAAGCAGGUUAUGUGCCAGAUACAAGAUAUGUUCUCCAUGACAUUGAUGAGGAAGAAAAGGAGAAGGCCUUGCAGUAUCAUAGUGAACGUUUAGCUAUUGCUUAUGGUCUUAUCAGUACUCCCCCAAGGACUACACUUAGAAUCAUCAAGAAUCUACGUAUCUGUGGGGACUGCCACAAUGCGAUCAAAAUUAUGUCAAAGAUUGUUGGAAGGGAGCUUAUUGUAAGGGACAACAAGCGAUUCCAUCAUUUCAAAGAUGGAAAAUGCUCCUGUGGAGAUUAUUGGUAGUUUUGGUUCGGUAAAAGUACUCAAAUGUAGAUACUCUUGAGAUGCUAUACUAUUAGAUUGUUUCUUAUUUGCUGCCAAAAUGUUAAGGUUCAAAUCCAUAGUCGGGUUGAUCAAAGAAAUUUUUGUUCCAUAUCUAAGUUGACCUGUGUAGUGUCUCUCUGUCGUGCAUGUUAUGCUAGUAAGGGUUAAGUGGCUGACAGUAUGGUAAAUGUCUCUCUAACAACAUUUGUUAUACUGCGUAAUGUUUUGCAGUGGCUUCUGAAAUAUUGCUAUGAGGCGUUCUUACGAAAGCGCUUUUAAUAACCUAGAAUUUUGAUAGCGUGUACAUCCUGUAGAUGGAAUAUGGAGAAUUUUGUAUAUCAUCCCUAUAUAUUUAAAUAGUAACACUCUCAAGAUACACCUUUCCUUCUUCCCACACAAACAUAAAAAUAUUGUGAUGUUGAAUCCUGAAGUACACAACCGAUUUUCUCUCCUAGGUAAUCCUGUAGUUAUCUUGUCAUUACAUAUUGAAUUGAGAACAACAAUUGCUCACGAAAAUUGGAAGGUAAUAGAAAUCUGACAGCUGCUUAGAAUAAACCAAAUGUAGUGAAGAGAUAUCAGAUAACAUUUCUAAAUUAUUCUCUCUACUUGCACAUUCAGAAAGUGCAAUUAAUCUUUUUAUUUACAAGUACAUAGUUUGUCCUAUCUAAACCACAAACAACCGUGUCCUCCUUUUUAUGAAAUGAAUGAGAUCCGAGUAAAGGGAUCAUUCCUUGGUAAGGUGUACAAAAAUACAUGCCUUAUGAUCUUAUCCUAUUUGAAAUGGAAUAACCUCCAUCUCACUGUACAACUUGAAAGAAUGCAAUGUGCAGCUAAAACAAUAUAUGAAUAACAGUACAAGUGAACCAGACCAAGAGGCCAGUCUGAAGCCUUUGAGGAGUUAGGAGGGCUAAAAUAUGAAGGGAAUCAUUUUAUAUCAUUACUGUGAGGAUGACCGGUUCUUUUGUUGGUUACUACUUCAACAGCAGCUUCAUCUCUAGAUGGAACUCUCAGCCAUGAUUUCAUAGUAUCAUAAACUGUAAACCCAAUAGCCACAGAUGGAACAACCUGAAUUACAAAACUCAACACUUAGUGUUACAGAAGGAUUUUAGAGUUUAGGUUGCUUUAAUUAGCUAUUACUUUUAUCACCUUUAUGUAAUUGAUGCUCAGCCCUGAAAACAGUUGCUUCCAGCCAUGCUUUUGGGCAAUCAAAACAAUGGAUUUCAGAGUCCCCUUCAAUUCAGGAUUAUCUGAUGGCAGGAAUUUUUGAACCUAGCCAAGAUGGUCGUCAACUUCGUACCUUUUUAUUUGAUUUGAUAUCUACCUAUCAUUAUCUGGAUGAUCAAAUGAAAUGAAUUACCUGCAUUUGCCUCCUAACAACUUCAAGAGGAUAUGUGAAGGUCUGACCCAAUAAACCUGCUACUGAUCCACACGUGAGUUUGGCCAUGAUGCUUUUAUUGUACUCCUCAGGAACAUGGCGCUUCAUUUCCUCAUAGAAGUAGAAUUUCAAACCCGCAUAUGGGAAUAUUCCGACGAGUGUUGGAGCUGUUGCCAUGAGUAAUACAAGAGUUGUACAUUAUCAACACAAUAGUGAAAGUAGUAUACUAAAUUACAAACAUCAGAUAUAAGCAGAUUAAAAUGCAUACCCACUCCCCGAUAGAGACCUCUAAUUCCACCCUCUUUGUAAGUCUUUGCAAGACAAUCAAGGAUCCCUCUGUAAAGUUGUUCAUUAUUAACCACCCCGGAAGCAUUGAAUUUGGUUGGACUAACAAUCUGCAGUAGUUCACGAAACAAUGAAACAGCUGGUGCAAAUGAAUUCCCUUUAGAAAGAACUUGUGAUAAGACACUUUACCUGAUAAGCUAACUUAGUCCUAAUCAAGUCAAGUGGAUAAGUAAAAAGAACAGCAGUCCCUCCAGAGAGUGAACCUGCCACAAGGUCAAGAGUAGGUCCUUUCCAAACAUUAGGAAAAGUUUGCAUAAUCCAUCUUCGGUAUUCCUCAUAGGCCAUAUAAUGAAUAGCUGCAUAAGGAAUAAUCCUGGCAACACUUGCUCCAUUUCCUCUAUAAAUAAAUCCAUUCGGAUGAUUAAGGUUAAUUCAGACAUUAUAUACUAUACAGAAGCAGCACCUAAGAUCAUGAGUUUGGGUGAAAUGAGAAUGUACCUGUAGAAACCCAAAAGGCCUUCAGUUUUGGCAAUUCUGAGAACUGAUCCAGAGAGCCCUGUGCUUUGAAACUCAGCUCCUCGGGUCUGCAAAAAAAAGGUAGCUUCGUUGGUUACAAAAAAAAAUAAAAAAAUUUGACAUUGAAAAAGAAAAUACUAAUUAAAUUAUUAGGAUACGUAUGUGUGUAGUGAGUGCAUUAGCAAGAUCAUAGCAAGAAAGAGGAAAAGGGGUGAAUAGUAUUACAAUUGAGGCCCAAUUGAGGGAAAAGGAAUGGGAGGGAAGGGAAGUGAAUGAAGUAAAGAAAGAAUGUUUGGGGAAAGUGAAAAGGACCUGAAAG